CUCUCACACAGUCCCACACAGCGCAUGUUACGGUGUGGUCGCCACGGGACCAAAACCGUGGAGAAAAGAGGAGAAGUUGAGUCUUGUGCUUCAACACUCUUAGUUAUUGCGGAAAUUGACCCACUAUGCUGUUUACUUUCUGCAUCUACGUCAUAUCGCUGAGUCUACCUUUAAUAAUUAUAAUAAUAUCAUUCCAUGAAUCCACCAAGUGUUUAAAGACUUUUACAUAAAGUGUAACACAUUGGAGCCACCCCACAGUACUAAUACAAACCAGGUUUGGUGGGUGAAUGGGACGUUUAUUUAGACUUGGGCCUCUGUUCCAUACCUGGAGCCAUGAACCCAGCAGUUGUAGUCGCUCAGGGAGAGCCACGCCCAGCUAGUCAGAAAAACUGUUGGAUUGUGGAGAUGGAGAGGAGUGUUGAGCGAAGGGGCACACGAUGGUGGCAGAAUGUAGGGUAGACUUCAGACCAUAUCAUUAGAAAUAUAUCAGAAUGUUAACAUACAGUAUAUAACCAUAGUAUUUCAAGUGUCAAGGUUUUAAUGUCACGUUCACAAGUACAGUGAAAUGCCUCUCUUGCGAGCUCCAAACCCAACAAUGCAGUAAUCAAUAUCAAUGUAGCACAAAAAAUAACACAAGGUAGAACAAAAACACACAAGAAAUAAAAAUAAGAAAUAAGAAGACCAGGAGAAAGUAAGUAAUCAUUCUAUCUAUAUGCAGGGUCAGUUCCAGUAGCAUAUUUACAAUGUGCAGGGAUACUGAGUGAUAUGUAUAGGGGUAGCAACGACCAUAUUUUGACAUAUUCCAAUGAGACCAUCUCAUGGUCAGACCAUGCGAGAGAUGGCACAAUUAUUUGAUAAUGUUGAGACUUUUAUAUUCUGCUGUGGAUUUUGGAUUUGUCAAUGGUGGAGGGAAUAGGGGAGGGGGAGAAAGAGUAGAGAUAGACAGAGGGGAGAGAGCUAACCUCUCCAAUGUAGAUGAAUGAUGUUUCAUUUCCUCCAUGUUCCCUAAUCCUGGUCUGUGUUGUGUAGAACAGAUGUCUGGAUAACAUCCUCACACAGCAAGGAGGCACGCAGGCCUCUCUCUGGAUCUCAGACUGGCUUUAUCCACACUUUACCCAGCCCCCAGUCACCUGGAACCACAGGAGAACCAUUAGAUAACCACCAGGUAACCUCCUGGAAAAAAUGUAUGAAUUACUGACCUCACGCCAGUGUGCCACAGAUGUCAACGAGUGCUCGACUGCUAACGGCGGCUGUGAGGGACAUUGCUGCAACACCAUUGGAAGCUUCUACUGCAAGUGCCCCGGGGGCAGUCGUCUGGGCCUGGACGGAAAGGCCUGUCAGGAUGUCAAUGAGUGUGAGGAGCUGAAUGGCGGCUGCCAGCAGACCUGUGUGAACACGGCAGGCUCCUACCACUGUGAGUGCAGUCAGGGCUUUCGCAUGCACACUGACGGAAGGACCUGCAUUGCUGUGAACUCCUGCUCAGUGAAGAAUGGCGGCUGUGAACACAAGUGUGUGGACAUGGACAACAACCACUACAAGUGCGAGUGUCGUAGGAACUACCAACUGAAGAGGGAUGGGAAGCACUGCGAGUUUAGGGACCCCUGUGUGGACAGGAGUGCAGGCUGUGUCCAGCUGUGUCAUUUUGUGGAUGGUCGAGCAGAGUGCAGCUGCAGACCUGGGUACUCGCUGGCCGAUGACCGCCAGGGCUGUGAGGACAUAGAUGAGUGCAGCUCAGGCCAGGCCAUAUGUGCCCAUCGCUGUGUCAACACCCGGGGCUCCUUCAGCUGUGUGUGUAACCCUGGCUUUGAGCUGGGCGCUGACGGCAAACAGUGUUACCGUAUUGAGAUGGAGAUCGUGGACAGCUGUGAGAAGAACAACGGAGGAUGCUCCCACCACUGUGAACACACCACCAACGGACCCCUCUGCUCCUGUAAUCAAGGAUACCAACUGGCUGAGGGCAGGAAGACUUGUGUUGACAGUGAUGAGUGUGAGAGUGGGGAGGCGUGCUGCAGUCAGUUCUGUAAGAACAACCCAGGGGGCUAUGAGUGCAGCUGCCAGGCUGGUUAUAGGCUCCACGCAGACGGCUGUGGCUGCAAUGACAUUGAUGAGUGCCUGGCAGAGAGUUCUGUCUGUGAACACUACUGUGUGAACACCCCGGGGACCUACGAGUGUUUCUGCAGACUGGGCUUCCGUCUGGACCACGACCACAGAGCCUGCAUCCCGCUGUACGACAGUGACCUGGAUGACGAUGAAGAGGAGGAUGAUGCAGAUGAGGAUCUGGAAGUGCACAGGUUGCCAGAUCUGCUGUUCCGACGGCCCCCUCAGCUCCUGCAGUACACUGCAGCCCUGCACUCACCCUAUGGUGAAGACCAGGAGGAAGAGGCACAGAGAGGGGAACUCACCCUGGUCAGCCACAUAGUGUGUCUAGAUGAUUCCUUUGGGGAUGACUGUGGUGUGAGCUGUGCUGACUGUGAGAACGGAGCAGUGUGUGGUGCGGACAGAGAAUACUGUGAAUGUACACCUGGAUGGACUGGCGUCAUCUGCAACGAGACUUGUCCAGUGGGGACCUAUGGACAGGCCUGUAACAGCCUAUGUCGUUGCCAGAACGGGGGCUCCUGUGAACCAGUAACCGGGAGGUGUGUUUGCCCACCGGGGGUGCAGGGCCAGCUCUGUGAGGACGGUUGCCCACAAGGAUACUUUGGGAAACACUGUAGGCGGAGGUGUAACUGCCCCAACAACGGCCGCUGCCACCGUCUCUAUGGAGCCUGCUUGUGUGCCCCAGGGCUGUACGGGCGCUACUGCCACCUGUCUUGUCCCAGGUGGACUCACGGUGUUGGCUGCUCUGAGGAGUGUGACUGUGAUCUGGAACAUUCCCUGGGCUGCCAUCCCAAGAACGGGACCUGUCUGUGCAAACCUGGCCACCACGGCUCUCAGUGUCAGCAAGAGUGUGUUCCAGGGUUCUAUGGUAGUGGCUGUUGGCAGCAGUGUGACUGUACAGUUGGGGAGACCUGUGACCCUAGGAGUGGAGAGUGCACCCGGAGGUGUCCUGCAGGGCUCCAUGGGAACUUGUGUCAGCUGGCCUGCAGUGCUGGUCAGUUCGGGGAGAACUGCCUCCGGACGUGUGUGUGUGGAGGAGAACCCUGUGACCCCAUGACAGGAGAGUGUAUCUGCCCUGUUGGGAAGACAGGAAAGGCCUGUCAACAAGUGUGUCCAACAGGGUCCUAUGGGCCAGGCUGUGUGAGCACCUGUGUUUGUCACCCUGAUGCCAGCUGUGACCAUGUCACCGGACACUGCAUCUGUCCCCCGGGCCGAACAGGACACGUCUGCACUAAGCCCUGUGAGGAGGGGUCCUGGGGCUCUGGGUGCUCCAACAGGUGCCAGUGUGCAGACCGAGCCCUGAGUUGUGAUGCUGUGACUGGACGCUGUGUGUGUGAGGCUGGCUUCACUGGAGACCACUGUGAACAGAAGUGUGUGGAGGGCAGCUAUGGUUUGGGCUGUGCCCUUGACUGUCAAUGUCAGCACGGGGCUCUGUGUGACCAUGUGAGUGGAGCCUGCACCUGCUCCUCUGGAUGGACCGGAAGUUUCUGUGAGAAAAUGUGCCCGGACGGGUUUUACGGUCUUGACUGUGGCCAGAUGUGCGAGUGCAGGAACGGUGCCCACUGCCACCACAUCACAGGAGCCUGCCUCUGCACCCCUGGCUGGUCGGGACCACACUGCAUUCUGGCCUGCCCUGAGGGUGGUUUUGGGAAGAACUGCAGCCGGAGCUGUGAGUGUCAGAACGGGGCCACCUGUGACCACGUCAGCGGCCGCUGCAGCUGUGGAGCCGGAUGGACCGGAGCCAGCUGCCAAGAGGCCUGUUCUGCUGGGAGGUAUGGAGAGGACUGUUCCCAGCUGUGUAUGUGCCAGCAUGGAGGCUUCUGUGACAGCGUGACUGGCCAGUGUUCCUGCCCCAGAGGGUGGACCGGAGCAGCCUGCGAGCUGGACUGUGGGGAGGGGCACUAUGGAGAGGGGUGCGCACAAACCUGCAGCUGUCAGAACGGAGGGACAUGUGACAGAGUGACUGGGGGGUGUAGCUGUCCCCCUGGCUGGACUGGAGAGCACUGUCAGACAGCGUGCCCAGGCGGUCUCCAUGGAAAAGGGUGUGAGCAGAGGUGUCAGUGCGACCACGGGACAAGCUGCCACCAUGUGACAGGCAGGUGUGAAUGUCACCCAGGAUGGAGAGAGGCCCGGUGCGACAAACCCUGCCUGCCUGGGGUCUACGGUGCUUCCUGUGCCCAGCGGUGUCAGUGUCAGUCUGGGGUGUCCUGCCACCACGUUACUGGGACAUGUGGCUGCCCUGCUGGUCUCACUGGGAACGGCUGUGAGGAGAUGUGUCGAGAGGGAUCAUAUGGGCCAAACUGCAAGGCCAGAUGUAAGUGCAACAAUGGCGGUCGCUGUGACACUAAAACAGGGACCUGUGAGUGCCCACCUGGCUUCCUAGGAGCUGACUGCAGCAUUGGUUGUCCGGCUGGGCGCUAUGGGAAGGACUGUGCCCGUCUGUGUUCCUGUGGGGAGAGAGGGCAGUGCCACCCUGUGACUGGGAGGUGUAUCUGCGCCCCAGGCAAAAUCGGGCAGUCCUGCCAUCAAGCCUGCCCUAGGGGGCGCUAUGGCCUGCAGUGCAGGAACACAUGUGUGUGUCAGAACGGCGCGCUGUGUGAGCCCAGGGACGGGAGCUGCAGGUGUGGGCUGGGCUGGAUGGGACCACGCUGUGAGACAGCGUGUGUCCAGGGGAAAUAUGGACCGGACUGUGCACUGGACUGUCCCUGCCAGAACAACGGGACAUGUGACCGCUUCACUGGCUGUUGCAGCUGCACGGCCGGACACUACGGACACUCUUGUGAACACUUGUGUCCCUCAGGCUUCUUCGGACAGAACUGUGCCCGUCCGUGUGUUUGCCGAACGGGACAGACAUGUGAUCAUGUGACGGGCCGGUGUGUGUGUCUGCCUGGCUACCAUGGUUCCCAGUGUCAGAGACGGUGCGAGGUUGGCAGGUUUGGGGAGGGCUGUCAGCAGUCAUGUGACUGCGUCGGGGGAGCCCCCUGUCAUCCAGCCACGGGACAGUGUCUCUGCCCCCCGGGGAAGACUGGACAGAGAUGUGAAAAAGACUGUGGAGGAGAUCGUUUUGGUCCUGGCUGCUCCCUGCAGUGUCAGUGUUCCCAUCAGGCCCAGUGUGACGCUCGUAACGGCCGCUGCCUGUGUCCUGUUACCUGGCUGGGCCCCACAUGCACAGAAGGACGACUAGAGACUGCAGAGGUCCCAGCAUUGGGCUUCUCUCCCUCCCUGAAGGGGCCGUCUGGUCUCUCCCACUCAUAGCGCCGCUGGAGGCCCCACAUCCCAAACUAGACGUCCCAAAUACCCCCGCCAGAUGUCUCAAACACUGAACAAGGUGCCCUAAAUAUGCAAUCAGGGGUCCUGGGGCGUCAUGGGAUGGCUGUGUACAGUUGGACAGAUGGACAAAGGUAUACAGCCAGAAGGUGAUUCAGGUCUGGACCAGACACACAAGAUAUUGUAUUCUUAUGUCUACACCUGUAUUCUGCACAUUUGGUUGAGAAAUGUGCAUUGGCUUUUUGUGAGCCUGCAGAAAGGUGCAGAAUGCCGGUAUAGUUAGAGAGAGAGCAGGCUACACAAGGACCUGGAACAUUGAUGUGCUGCUGGGCGGUAGACAUUGGAACGCGCCCUACCUGAUUGUCUCAGGACUGGACCUCUGCCCCAAGUCAACUGGUCUAGCCUGUCAUUAACCACAGGCCAAAUGCUUCCUGGACAUUCAUAACGUCUCUGUCCUCACCCCAAUGCAGCUUUGUGCAGCCUAGUACACAGGGGCGGGCAACUACGGUGCUGGAGGGGCACAGUGUGUGCGGACCAUCACUAUCACACAUGAUUCACAAAGACCAUGAUUCGGUGAUUAGUGGAAUCAGGUGUGUUAGAGCUGGGCUGGAACAAAAGCCGGCACCCUCCUCUUGCUUACCCAUGGCCUACCCUCAGAGUCAUUGGUCAGACUGACAUGGGAGCAACAGCCAUCACUCCCGAAGUGUCCACUGGUACUGUCUCUCCGUUGAAUGGCACUCUGUAAUUUUCUCAUAUCGUAUACAGUGAGACUAUUUUGUGUUGUAUUUUACUGGUUUCUUUUGACAGCGCGUGCCUGAUUGCUUGUCAUAAAGUGUUAAUAUAUUUUAUUUUGAAAUUGCUUUUGGUUGUAUGUUUGAUAAGAUCACUUACUGUACUAUCAGAUCAAGGAAAUCCACGUAUCAAUUCAUUACUGCUGUUACUGUCUGUUAUUGUAAGUGUGUCAGUUAAAUGCCACUAUGACCUAUAGAAGUCUGUUUUAGCCAAGUAAUCAGUAUAUUUUCAUGUAGAAGGGUUUUGAAAAUAUUACAAAGCAUUUGAACUGUACCUCAGGAUACUGCAAUUCAUACCACUCAUAACAUGUACUGUACUAUGUGCCUGAUGGCAGGCUUUAUGUAAAUGGUGCUAUUUUGAUACAUGAUUUUUUCCUUUAAAUUCUCUUUUUGCUAAUGUGGUA